GGAAACGCAAGCUCCGCGAAAGAGGUUCCGGCGCUGCUUGGGUUGGAGGAGACAGAAUGGAGACCGCGAUCGAAGAUCCGGGGCUGGACCACGGCCCGACGCUCACCUCGUCCUGGGUCGCGGCGUGCGGGUCGCUGACCCAAAGCCUCCUUACCCGGAUUGGGCCAGGUGCCCAAGACUUGAACUUCGAGCAGCUGUUGGCACCGCCAGCUCUAGGGUGCGCCGGGCCGGGACCGGGUGACAACCACGCUGCUGAGAAGCCGGGAGGAGCACGGGAGGCGAGCGAGCGAGGCCAGCCGGGCUCGGAUCUGGUGAGUCUGAAGAACAACCUGAGUCCCCGAGAUGAAAACCCCUGCUUCCUUUACCUGAAAUGUGGGCCUAAUGGGGGCGAAGAGAUCCUUUCAGUUGGCAUUCUGAGUUCAGCAAGAAACAUGGAAGUAUACCUGGGAGAGGAGUAUUGUGGAACCAGUAGGGGCAAGAAUGUCUGCACUGCCCUGGAUGACAGUGAACAUGAAAAGAUUCUGUUGUACAAAAAAUUCCUAAAAUUGGAAUCUCCCACACAUGCUUGUAAAAUAAAGUUGCUGUCCUUCGGUGAAAAGCAGUGUGUGCUCAUCAGUAAAGUUGUGGUGCACGUGAGACCAAGGUCAGCAAAUCCUUCACCAAGCUCUUCUGCUCUAGGAUCACGGAUAGACCUUGACAGUAUCCAAACCAUAAUGGAGUCCAUGGGGUCAAAGUUAUCUCCUGGAGCUCAGCAGCUGAUGAAUAUGAUUAGGUUUCAGCAGCAGAAUCGUCUUCCCAUUGGAGAUCAGCUUCAGUCAGUGCUGGGAACCACAGGACACAAGCAUCUAAUUGCACUGCAGUCUUCACCUUCUUCAGGAGUUGUAGACAAGGCAUCCUCUACACCUUUUCCUUUUAGAACUGGAUUGACACCUUCAGCCAUCACUGAAAAUUUAAAGGCUCUUAUUGAUAAAGGCACACAGCCACCUGGAGAAGGAAAUACCACUAACCAUGAUGAGUGUCACCUUGUGCCACAAAAUCAUUCCCUUCUUGAAAAUGAUCUUAAAAACGCAGUGUCUUCUUUCUUACCAAAGAAGGCAAGUGGCAACUCAAACGUGCCCAAUUCUGAGUUGCUGCCUUUUCUCCAGAAUUUAUGUAGUCAGGUCAACCAUCUCCGAGUGGGACAUAAUGCCAGGUGGCAAGAAAACAUCUCCAAGCCCCGAGAGAGCAUUGUCGGUGUUUCGAUGGAAGAGCAGCCUAUUUGCUCCUACUUGGAAAAGAUUCUUUCUAAAAACAUGGAACUGAUGGAAAAGAAGCUUAUGGACCACAUUGAUGAGAGGAUCUAUCAGCUCCAGGAGCACAUAGAUGCUAAAAUGGCUUUGUUAGUGGACUUGUUGCAAAAUCCCAACUCCCCACCUCCAGGGAUACCUCUAAGACACUAUGACUCCAGAGAAAGACUUUCCAAUGGAGAGAGAUGAGCUAUCGACAUACACAUCUAUUACAGAUAUUUAUUACAUAUUUAUUACAGAGUCAAAAUACAAAAAGGUUAUGAAAAUCAAGUCUUUAAUGUCCUUUGAAGGAUUAUUGUCUUACAUGGUGACCUCAGUGCUCGUUUUCAUUGUACUUGUUCCUGUAGAUUCAGGUCUGUGCACCAGCAGCUACUCUGAUACAGUCAUAAGUUAUUUUGCUUGCUAUAUUUUUCACUCUUAUAAAAAUGUAUAUUUGUAUUAUUCAAGUGUUUGGGAUGUGUAAGGACUUGUAAUGCAAUUCAUUAGUUUGUAUUGUAUAUUACAUGUUUGAAGUGAAUUUUUAUUUAUACAGAUACCUAUGAAAUAUAGUCUCAGGAGUAUGAAAAGAAUUGCUAUGAUUUUUUUUUUCUAAUUAUUUUUAGAAAGUUGGAUACCUGGACUCUUUCAUUUAGAGUACCAGUUUACACUUCCUGUUGCUUAUCUGAGGUGAAUAUGUGCAGUGCUCGGGCUGUCUGAGAUAGUUUACAGAGUGAGGAGUAGACCCGUUGUUCAUUACAGUGCAGCUAUAGAUUGCUUGUGUUCAAUCCUACUAUUUCAGAUUUGGUGCUGCAGGUGAAAUGGAAGGAAAUUCUUUUCUGGAACUGACAGGUUCUUCUCCCAGAGGCCUUUUCUAGCAUAUAUGAUGUGUGACAUUCUGAGAAUCUAAAACUCGGAUUAAGAUAUGUGAAUCUAGGGUUUUGCAAUCUUCAGCAGACUGAAUUUUCAGAACUUAACUGUUACAUCCAUGUUGGUAAUACAGCCGCACCUAAAUGGCAUCUGCUCUUAAGAUCACCAGGAAGUGAAUAGAACUCUUUUUAGCUAAUUUGCUUAUGUUGUUUCUUUCUUUCCUUUUCUUUAAAAAAAGGGGAUAUUUCGUACUUAUCCAUUGUUUUGGCAAACUGUUCUUUAAAAAGCCUGCUGGUUUUGACCACGGCAAAGGUGAUAGAGCAUAUAGGACACACCACACUUUUGCUGGUCUUUAGGUCAUGGUUGGUAGGAUAGUCAUACCAUGUGCAGGUGUACAAUGUCACUUCCUGAUCAGUGAGGAGAAAUCUACUCACUUAUGGCUUCAGUCCAUGGUUUUGCAGCUUUUGCUAGUUCCUCUCUGACUUACAGAAUACCAUCCAUGACUUAGUAGUGCCCUCAGGCCUAUAAGUCAUUAACUGGGGCUUCCUAGGUCUGCAAGGCAGGACCACACUCCUAAUUGAAGGCUGUGAAACCAUCUUAAUCAGCCUGACACACCUUUCCAGCCUCAUCUCCACUGCCAAUCCCUGUGUUCUCAUCUCUGAUCCUGUGACAUAGGGACUGACCAGGGAGCAAGAAGGGGCCAAUGGGAAGAACUCAGAGAAAAGCAAGAGGUGUAAAAGAUGGAAAUACAUCUCAUAAACCAUACAGUGUCUAUCAUAGUGUAUCGUGAACUCUGAAGAAUUUCAGCCUCUCCAGGCAGUCCAGUGUUGGAGAUGAGAAUAGCCUGAAGCCCACUAGAACAGCCCCCUGUCAGAAAAGAUGGCUCAUUGGUUUGUUUAUUUCACAAUUAAGUCUACACAUGCAUAUAUAUACUUGUUUCCUGACUUUUGUUUCUUCUUUUCUGUAGACUGUAACACUGCUAUAGGAAAAGUGGGGAGACAAGAACAUCCCCCUACCCCCAUACUUCCCCAGUUCUGAUGAAAACUGUAAACAAAACCCAUUUCUUUUUGCUAUCUCUUGACUUUUUUGAUAGAAGUGACUGUAGUAGAACCUCCAGAUUCAGGUAACAGUUUGAUAUUGAUAUGGGAUCCAUAAACAUCAAAUCGAGCUUGUAUUGAAAAAACAAACAAACAAAAAACCUUUUAAUUGUGGACAUCCGUGCUUGGUCUUUUGCUGUGCACCCUGAUGUGACAAAGAAAUGAAAUGUUCCUUGUCAAGUGGCCCUAGUCAAAAUAGUUUAAAAUAAGGCCACCAAGAAGAGCCUGUGCAUAAGGCUUGAGAAGUCCUCACUCCCUGCUGUGUGUACUUUUGCUCUGUAAUAAAACCGUCUUCUCUUUCCUUUUCUCAUCUCUGAAUUCUUUCUGAUGGUAAUAAGAACCUACUAACACUUAGUGGAGCUAGCAGGUCUUCUCUUAGACCUUCCUGGACUCUUAACUGCCUGUAGUCUCCCUAUCUAUCUCUGAUGACCUUGGGGGACAUUUAAAUGUCUUCACACCAAGGAUGCUUUUCUUGUCCCCCAGCUGCCCUCUGCUCAUACUAAGGACCCUUCUUCUCUGUGUCUUGUCUUGCUUGUGCCUCUUUGAAGCCUGAAUCUAAUUUAGUUUGGUGUUUUCCAAACAUGACUUUCCUUUCUGAAUUGAUAUGAUACUCUGGCCUGUGCACCCAAAUCUUUUCUUACAGAGCCCAGUAUUAUAGAACAGGAGGUGCUCAAGGAAAUAUUCUGUGAGAUAAGCUGGAUUUUCUACUGUUCUCUCUCUCUUUCUCUCUCUCCUUGUGUGUGUGUGUGUGUGUGUGUGUGUGUGUGUGUGUAUGUGGUGUGUUUCUGUGCCUAUGGGUGAGUGCAGAUGUGCACGUGGAGGCCUGAGUUUAUGGGUGUUUCUCAAAUCCUGUUCCUGCUAGAAUCAGCCUAAAAUGCAGGAUUCAGCUAGUCCCACCAUGUCUGGAGCUACCUCACUCCCUCUGUAUGACUGGGGAUGAGAUAGGAUCCACAGAGAAGAUUAUGUAGAGAGAAGGGAGCUUUCACUCUAAAGUGUGGCUGAAAUUUGAGAAUUCCAGGACAGUUACUACUAAUAUUUGUUCUAAAGGUUGCCUCCAUGCAGGCAAUAUUUCUUUCAUAUAGAAGUAUUCCCAAAAAAAGAAGGUUAAAAAACUGGCCAUGAUGGUGCACACCUUGAAUCCUAGCACUCAGAGGCCAAGACAGGCUGAUCUCUGUAUUGGAGGCCAACCUGAUCUACCUAGCAAGUUCUAAGCUAGCCAAGCCUACGUAUGUAGUGAGACCCUUUAGCAAAACAAACAAAAAACCUAAAAAGAAGGUUAAGGUAGCAAUAAACCAGGUUUAAGGCCUGAGUAUACAUGGCCUUGAGUAUGUCCUUAAUGUUCUGGAUAUUUUCUGGGAAUCCCACUAACAAAACAAUUAACUUUUAUUCACAGUGAAGAUAGCCCAAAUACCUGCACCCCUGUGGUCUAGUGUGUGACAGUUGUAACCCUUCCAGCAUUUACAUUUACCCUUUCAAGAUAUAAUUUUGGAAAUCAACAAAAUCCUACCUAUGACUAUUAUAAAGAAAUGAAGGAUGUUUCUCCCUUAAUCCCACCACCUCGUUUUUUUUGGGGGGGUGUGAUUUACUUUUCUCCCAGCACGCACCUCUCUAUUUCCUUUUUUUUUUUUCUUUUAAAAUAAACCACAACUCUGCUUCA